GGAAUGAAUGUCCAUUUCAACCAAUUCUGAAUACUAUAACAGAGAAAUUGAGAAGCGAAGAUUAGAAAUUCGCAGAAGCAGAGGUAGAGGCAGAGGGGGAGAGAGAUGGGUGGGGUGACGUCGUCCAUGGCGGCCAAGUUCGCCUUCUUCCCGCCGAACCCACCUUCAUACAAGCUGGUCAAGGAUGAGCUCACGGGUCUCCUGCUUCUCAGUCCGUUUCCCCACCGUGAAAACGUCGAGGUUCUCAAAUUGCCGACCCGUCGGGGCACCGAGAUUGUCGCCAUCUACAUUCGACACCCCAUGGCCACCUCUACUCUUCUCUACUCUCACGGCAAUGCCGCCGAUCUGGGUCAGAUGUACGAGCUCUUCAUUGAGUUGAGCAUCCACCUCCGCGUCAAUCUCAUGGGGUAUGACUAUUCUGGAUAUGGGCAAUCAUCUGGAAAGCCUAGUGAGCAGAAUACAUAUUCAGAUAUUGACGCUGCAUACAAGUGUCUUGAAGAAAGCUAUGGUACUAAGCAGGAAGAUAUCAUCCUUUAUGGUCAAUCUGUUGGAAGUGGCCCCACUUUGGACCUUGCUGCUCGUCUACCUCAGUUAAGAGCUGUUGUUCUGCAUAGUCCCAUACUCUCUGGCUUAAGAGUCAUGUAUCCUGUAAAGCGGUCAUACUGGUUUGACAUAUACAAGAAUAUUGACAAAAUCCCACUGGUCAACUGUCCUGUUCUAAUCAUUCAUGGGACUUCAGAUGAAGUUGUUGAUUGCUCCCAUGGUAAGCAACUCUGGGAACUGUGCAAAGAGAAGUAUGAACCACUAUGGCUUAAAGGAGGAAAUCACUGUGAUUUGGAGCUCUAUCCCGAGUACAUCAGGCAUCUCAAGAAAUUUAUCUCUACUGUUGAGAAGUCUCCUUCCCAAAGAUACAGUUCCAGGAGAAGCACAGACCAGUUUGAGCAGCCUCGAAAGAGUACUGAUUUUUUUGAAGUUUCAAGGAAGAGCACUGAUCGAAGAGAGAAACCAAGGCAGAGCACUGAUAGGCCUGAAAAACUGAAAAAUCUGUCCACCAAUGUUGAUAAGCUAGAAAAAUUAAGAAUCUCUUUUGACCAUGUGGAAAGGUCUCGGAGGAGCGUGGAUUGCCACGAGAAGUCUCGGAAAAGCAUCGACCACCAGCUGGAAAGAGCACGGAAGAGUGUUGAUCGGCUGGAUAGAAUACGAACUGGUCAACUGUACCCAAAAGUAUAGAAUACGCCUGAAAGCAGGCCAAGCAGCUCUAGAUUCAGGGGCUCUCGCUCCCUCGAUUAAUGUGUUCGUGGCAAUCCUCGGUAUAUGGAACUGUACGUGGUC